AUGAGUGAGACAAAUUAUCAUUGUACUGAUCAGGAGAUUAAACAAAUAGUGUAUUUCUUACGUUUAUUCCGUCCGAACGAGCUUGGAUUUCUUUUGAAUAUUGGAAGCAAAUGGUCUCGGUACGAUCCAAACCGUCUCGAACGAAUUACUUUUCUUUUCAACAGCACAUUUAAAACAAAUCAACCAGUAAACAUUGUGCAGCAUACUCUAACGUUCUUUGAUCGUAAUCGAUCACUUUCAUUUAAUCACAAUUUUCCUUUGAAUGAAAUUGCUGUUCAACAACUCGAUCCAUUCAGAUCUGAUUGUCCUGUAUGUGGAAAUAAUCUUCAUCUGAUUGCUGCGUCUGUACAACUAGUAAAGAUGUAUUGUUUAAAAGGGCGGAUGAUUGAAACGCGUGUAUUUUCAGUGACAUGCUCUCAUAAUCAAACGAGUCAUACCAAGGAACCACCGAUAUCUAUUUACCCAAACUUUAUUCGUCAGGGCAGCUUAGACACAUGGACAUCAGAUAGUCUGAACAGUGGUGACUUCGUUUAUUUGGGCGGCCGACACGCUUUUGAACGUGCGUUAAUCGAAGGAUAUACUUGCCAGCUAUUGGGAUCACCCAGCUCAUGGAAUAAAGCCGUUGAUGGCUGGAAUCUCGAAGCUUUCAAUUCUGGCAGCGCAGAAAAGCGAAACAGUUGGCAGUUGCGAUUGUCAUUAGCAUUUAUGAAGUAUAAAACGAUUCAAUUUGAUCUUUGUGUUGGGAACACAGUAGUGAAUGUUCCAUCAUCGAUUGGUGCUUUUGAUCAGUGGGCGUGGGACACAAUACCGGAUCGGCUCGUAUCGUUUGUUUACUUAUGGUCAAAUCAUGCGUCAUUGAUGGGUGCCUGUGGUAUCGACUGUUGCCGUUGCAUUGUCAUGGAUGGUCAUCAGAAGUGUCGACGAAGAGUGUGCCGAGCGAAGCAGGUGAUGGUGAGUACUGAAGAAUUUGAUUCCUUGAAGAUUGGAUGCUGUCGCACGCCCAUUCGCGGUUCGCAAUACUGUGAAUUACAUCAGGAUCAACAUUUGGUUGACGAUUUAUCUUCAUCAUCGAUCGGCCAAAAUAAACAGCAUAGCUCGUUAAGUACUUAUCGACAGAAAUGGCGUCGGCGUAGUCACAUUGGUUUGGAUGCAACAAGUUGUCGUACACGGAAAUCGAAGCCGGACGCAUACGUGAAUCGGUGUAGUCGAUCCUUUGGACUCAUUGCAGGUGUGACAAACUGCAAGAUCAUUGUGACAUUUAGUGAAUUAUUUCGCUGCGAAACACUUCGUGAAAUUUUGUCGCUUUUAUUCUCCACCAUUCGAGCAUCCGAUGGCUGUUUCCCACCAACUGUUGUGUACGAUGAUGGCUGUCAUCUGGCAGAGUAUCUUCAGAAUCAUUUUGACGUUGAUCUGGCUGUGACUCCAGCAUCGAUGGUUCUGAAGCGGACGCCGUUCAGUAUAGAUCGCGUUCACUUCAAAAACCACGUGGGGCGCUGGUGUCGAAAGAACAUGAAUCCAGACAACAAUCGAUUGCUCGACGGUGUCAAUACGGAAGCAGCCGAACAGUUAUUUUCUUGGCUGAAAGGUUACGCGAAUAUCCUAAGUUGUCUUGGAUGGAGAAGAAGUGCAUCGUUUAUGCUAAUCUUAUUCCACAAUAAAAAUCUUGAACGAAAAAAUGUGCGACCAACUCGAACUUUCGAGAUCAUUUCGAAAAUUCCACAAGUGAAGAAUAUCUGUCUUGCCCACGUAGCCGAUUCAACAACUCUGUCAGACAUGAAGAUUAAAAAUAGAACCGAUCAUCUCGAUUUAGUUCACCAAAUGCCUGCACAACAUCUUAAUCCCGCGAUGGCGCUUGCACCGACAACGUCCAAAUCAUCAGAUAACGUCCUUUCCAACGAUACCACUGUAUGUCACAAACCAGAUGAACUAUCUUCGAAACGCGAUCCCCCACUACUUCCUCCAGAAACAACUCCAUCUCUUUUCCACAACCCCUGGACUGUUAUCGCGAACACGAUACGCGAGGAUGCUCAGAAAAUUCAACGCAUAAAACUUUCCAACUACCGACGCAACGCAAAACGAUGGCGAAAAUAA